AUGCAGCAGUGGGAGGACUGGCGAGCCGGCUACGAUUGGCGAGUUCUUCUUGAGAAGGUGCUGCUGACAUUGCUCGUGGUCGCGCUGUCGUCGUUGACCUGGCGAGCAUGGACAACCUCACAAGGUGAAGCCGCUGUUUCCUAUACGGUCGAGAUUCCCGCGCAGCUUUCAACACCUGCCGCGCAGGAUGAAACGAAGCGAAGCGGGCCUUCCGAAGAGAUUCGGAAUGACAAAAUCUAUCCUCGCGCGCCCGCCGACGGACGACUGCUCCAAGAGGGUCCCAUCGUGCCCGCUACGACCCAGGAUAUCGACGAAGCGAUAGCCCGUGCUUCAUCUGCGCAGGAGCAGUGGGCGAAGACCACCUUUGCACAGCGAAGAAAGGUCCUCAAGACACUACUGCAAUACGUCAACCAACAUCAGGAAGAGAUUGUCACAGCAUGCUGCCUCGACUCUGGCAAGACCAAGAUCGAUGCCUGCUUGGGAGAAAUCCUAGUCACGGCGGAAAAGCUGCAGUGGACCAUCAAGCAUGGAGAGAAAGCCUUGUCGCCGUCCUUACGUCCCACAAAUCUUUUGAUGAGCUACAAACGGAAUACCGUCUACCAUGAGCCGAUCGGAGUCGUUGCGGCCAUUGUGUCAUGGAACUAUCCUUUUCACAAUCUCAUCUCACCAAUAAUCUCAGCUCUGUUUGCUGGCAACACGAUUGUCGUCAAGCCUAGUGAACUGACAUGCUGGAGCACGCAGUACUUCGUGGCCUUCAUCCGGGAAGCACUGCGAGUCUGCGGCCACAAUCCCGAUGCAGUACAGACGAUCAUCUGCCUGCCCGACGUUGCAGACCACCUCACCAGUCACUCUGGUAUCAAGCACAUCACCUUCAUUGGCAGCCGCGAGGUGGCCCACAAAGUGGCCGCUUCGGCCUCGAAAGCCUUGACACCAGUGGUGGUGGAACUAGGUGGGAAAGAUCCUGCCGUCAUUCUCGACGACCCUCGCACAGUGGCAGAUCUCGAUAGUGUUGCCUCCAUCCUCGUUAGAGGAGUGUUCCAGUCGGCUGGCCAGAACUGCAUUGGCUUUGAACGAAUCAUCGCGCUUCCUCGGAUUCAUGACUUGCUCCUGGGUCACAUCAAGCCCUUGAUAAAAUCUUUCCGAUUGGGAAGCGCUCUGCUUGACCCAUCGGCCCCAGAUAUGGGCGCCAUGAUCUCAUCCCGCUCAUUCGCACGAUUGGAGGACCUGAUUCAGCGAGCAGUCGAAGAUGGAGCGGUAUUGCACGCUGGUGGUAGCAGGUACAACCAUCCACAGCAUCCCGGUGGGCACUAUUUUCUUCCAACCUUGAUAUCAAACGUGACGCCGGAGAUGGCGAUCGCGCAGACCGAGUUGUUCGCACCAGUGUUCCUCUUGAUGAAGGCCGAGUCGGUAGAUGACGCUAUCCACAUGGCCAAUUCGACCAUGUUCUCGCUGGGUGCCGCAGUGUUCGGGCACGAAGCCGCCGAUGUACAGAAGUGCGUGAAGGAGAUUCGUGCCGGGAGCGUGGCAGUCAACGAUUUCGCAACAUUCUAUGUCUGCUCAAUGCCGUUUGGCGGAAGAGACGGCAGCGGUUAUGGACGAUUUGGUGGCGAGGAAGGUCUCCGAGGCUUGUCCAACACAAAGAGCGUUUGCGAAGAUGCGCCGUGGGCGAAGCUUUUGGGCAUUCAGACGCGCAUCCCGGCCAUUCUGCGGUACCCAAUUCAUGGAAAACGCGGAUGGGAAACCGUGAGAGGUAUCGUGGGUACUGGAUAUGGGAUUGGCCUCGCUGCCAGACUGCAGGGUGUCCGUAUGCUGCUACGAGGACUCAUGGGGAACACGUCGAGAGCAGAAUAA